AUGAGCUUUCGAGAGAACACAAAUUUAAGCAGCGCCCAGGCAUUUCUCUGCAGAUCAAAGUCUCUGUAUGAUGGGACGAAGUCAACGAUGCGUUUAUCCAACUUAACAUCCAAAAUAAAAACAGUAUCCUCUACACUAGCAAAUACGAAUCCUUUCGGUGGAAAAUCACAAGAUAAAAGCAUCGCAGAGGAGACCUUAAAUGAUGCCAAGCAAAGGGAUGGAAGUAAAAAAAUUCGAAGACGAACUUGUAAAAGGAUUACCUCAACGACUGAGUCAUCCACUAGUGCAGGAGUUAGCCAAGAGAAGCCUGAACGAAAAAAGCGUAAAAGGAAAACCAAAGAAAAACAAUCAGAGGUGAUGAACAAGCCAGAGAAAAAGCAAAAUAUUCUGCAAACUAUGGAAUACGUUGUUCAAGAAGGCGAUUCAUUUAAUAGUGUUGCAGCUCGAUUUGAUGUCACUCCAUCAGAAUUAUGCCGUAUUAAUCGGUUUUUAUCCAGAACAUUGUUUGUUGGUCAAAUGAUUAAAGUUCCUGUGAUUCAGGAGGCGGUAAAGACGACUGAAGAUCCAUGUGUAGCACCUUGUGAAGAGAAAACUCUGACAGAAAGCUCUAAUCCCGAUGAAAAGUCAGAGAAGUCAGCAGUUACAAUGACGGGAAACAAAACAACAACAACAGAUUCUUUAUGCAAUGUAACAGAAGGAAAUAUGGAGUCGAAGCGAUUAUCACAAAAAGAUUCAUUAACAUCGUCUUUUAGCGAAACAGACACAGAUGAAUGGGAAGUAGAUGAGUCUUCGUAUAGUGAAUACACGGAUUAUGCAGAUGAAGAAAAUGACCCAAUGGCAUGUCAGUACUUGAAAUUCGACUGUAAAUUUGUUGUGGAUUUACAAUGCUCAAUCCCUGGAAUCAUAUUAGUAACCACAGAUAUGUUUGUCUUCAAACCAAACGAUGAAGAACAAUAUCCUCUGGAAAAUCAUUGUAAACAAAUUCCGUUGAAUCAAUUUCGUACCGUUGCAGUCUAUAGAGAUCCAUCUGUAAUGUAUUUUACAAAACGUGGAGCACAAACAUCUUCAAGUACAAUUCCUGUGAAGCAAGAAAAUGACUCAACAAAAUCUGUAGAAAUUAAAGAUGGAAAUCAGUGUUUAAUAAAUAAUACAAAGGAAGUUAUGACGUCAAGCUGUUCAGAAGUCAAAGAAGAUGUUUCACUGACAAGUUCUACUGAAAAAGAUAAAGAGAAUAUUGAAGAAAAGAAUACUGGAACUGUAAUCACAAAUGAAACACAGAACACUUCAUCACAACCGGUUCAAGAUAAAUGCGAUUUAGAUGAAAAUCCAUUAUACUUAUGUGUAUUAGUAUCCCCUUACUCAAUGAGAAGUAAUAAGCAUAGAAGACAUCCACACUGGUUUACUAUUCAAUCCGAGGAAUACUGGUUUCUGAUACCACAGGGAAAAGCGCAAAUUCUAUUCGACUUUCUCUUGACUUGUCAAUUUCAUGGAUAUGAAGAUGAUUCAAACACUGAAGAACACUUCACCGAUAUCGAAAGUAGUCAAGUGUCAAUUAAAAGUAUUGAUAGCAAAAAUAAGGAUAAUAUGAAGAACAGGGACAUUGAAACGUUGCAUUCAAAGUCACUAGGAAAUCUAAGUUUUCUUAAAAAAUCCCUUAACAGCCCAAAAUCAACUGGUUCCCCGUGUUCGGGUGAUGUGGAGAGCGAUAAUUUUAAUGAUCGUUCACGUGCUUUAAUGACCCUCAGAAAUGAUAAACAAAAGCGUGUACAAAGCUCUAAAGACUUCUCGGUAACAGUAACUGAUAAUGGCAAUUCCACUGAGCGAAGUGCAAUUACUGAGGAUUCAAAGGAAUCAAAUAAAGCACAACAAUCACCACAUCGUGCUUCUCUAAAAGUUACAACAUCAAGUCAUGAAAGGAUAAGAGAAUGUCGUAGUGUACCAUCAAUGGAAGAGGAGAAGUCUGCCUUACGAAUACUAAAAGAAGAAUCUAUUGAUUGGGAGUGGUUAAAGUCCUCUUUUCGUUCUGUACGGGAGAAUUUAAACAAAUUGUUGGUUAGUUCAAAGGAAAUGGAACUAAAAGAACAAGAGGAGAGAAGACGAGCAUUUAUGUCUGAUUGUAUAAAACUAGCAGAACCUGAGUCGCUACCAUUACCACCGGCGACAUCUAACAGUGAAAUCUUAGAUGCUCAGAAAGUUCGUAAUCUUUUACAAAAUUUAAUCGCUGAUGCUGAAGGUUUAGAUUGGGUAUUGACGUAUAGUACUUCUUUGCAUGGAUUCAGUUUACGAUCAUUAUAUCGUCGGUGUGCAAAUAGUUUAACAGAAGCUUCAGAGGAUGAUUUGCACAAUUCAAUACAUUCCAAAAUGAAACAUACACGUGCACCCAGUUCACCGCAUGCAUCGAAUCAACCGUGUAUAAUAACUAUAAGAACAUCAAAUAAUGAAAUAUUCGGUGCAAUGUUAAAUACACAUCCUUAUCCAAGUGGUGGUCGAUUUUAUGGUAAUGGUUCAACUUUUGUUUUUCGAUGGAUCAAUUCAGAUCAAGAAGGAAAAACACUUGAUAGAGCUGACUCAUUAACAGUUCCAGUAAAUCAAGACAAUGAAACUAAUCAAAAAGAUGUGAACUCUAUAUCUGCAUCAUCACCUCGUGAUCUUGGUUGUGAUGUUCACUCAUCCUUUGGUAUACAAACUGAAACUGUAACCGAUGAACUAGCUCAUUUAUUUUUCCUUGAUAGCACUGAUGCUUUGGACUCUGCCAAUCAACAAAUUUUUCAGAAAUUUGUAUGGAGCGGUAAGAAUUCCUAUUUCAUUAAUGGUGGUUAUGAUUCCCUUACAAUAGGAUGCUCUGAAGGUCAUUCUGCAAUUCAUCUUGACGAUGUAUUAUUACAUGGACGUAGUGAAAGUUGUGAAACAUUUGAUAAUCCACAGUUAACCUCAUCGCCUGACUUUGUUAUUACAACUCUUGAAAUAUGGUCAUUUAUUUAA